UUUAAUCAAGUAGUUCUCUGUCGUGCUGAUAAUUCAACUCCACCACAUGUAUCCGACUGAUGUAGCUGUCGCUUGGCAGAUGAAGAUGACACAUUAUUUCAUUCAAAGUUAGUCUUACACAUAAACGUAUCUACAAUUCAACACCAUGCAAGGGGCCAUUUUUGGAGUACAUUUGUUUUAUUUCAUACUAAAGCCAUGUUGCUUGCACUUUUGAUUUAUUACCUUUUCAGUGCAUUCAUAUAUAUUUUCUUUCACACAUAAAUCCGUCCUCCUGUCACUGUUGGCCCACUGCCAGAACAUGAGAGAAGGUAAACGUCCUCAUACAGUUGCGCACCAUCUAAUGAAAGUCUCUAUUGGCUCACGAUAAUGUGUCAUCUCAAACUGGAACUGCAGCAUCGGUUUUUUUCCCCCAGCACACAUCACGCCUCUCCGUGCGUCGGGGUUUUUGUCUCAGCCACACAGAGCGCGAGGGGAGUCAGUGGAGCUGAAAACAAAACAAAACUGCAAGUCCCAGAGAUCCCGGCAUCAGUGAACCGAUAGCCAGGGCUUUUAAAAAAACAAAACAACAUGGCAGCGCCGUCCAGCGACACAUGCGAAGCUAUGGAGCGAUCUAUCCGGGAGCGGGUCCCCCCGCUGCUGACGGACCUGUACCAGUUCACCAUGGCGUACGCGUACUGGCGGACCAGACGGCACCAGGAGCCCGCCGUGUUCGAGCUCUUCUUCCGGGACAACCCGUUCGGUGGCGGCUUCACGCUGUUCGCGGGGCUGCGCGACUGUCUGCUCUUCCUGCGCACUUUCCGCUUCACGGACCAAGAUGUGGAGUUCCUGCGCUCCGUCCUGCCCCCCGCCACCGACCCCGCCUUCUUCCAGUUCCUGCGAGGCCUGGACUGCUCCGGCGUCACACUCCGCUCCGUCCCGGAGGGCACUGUGGUGUUUGCCAGGGAGCCUCUAAUGGAGGUGGCGGGUCCGUUAGCUGUGGUUCAACUGCUGGAGACCAGUUUACUGUGUCUGGUCAACUAUGCCAGCCUGGUGUGCAGUAACGCUGCCCGUUUCCGCUUGGCGGCCGGCCCCAGCAGGAAGCUGCUGGAGAUGGGCCUCAGGAGGGCUCAGGGACCGGAUGGAGGGCUCACCGCCUCCCGAUACACACACGUUGGAGGGUUUGAUCUCACCAGUAACGUUCAGGCUGGUUUCCUGUUUGGGAUCCCAGUCGCGGGGACCAUGGCACACUCGUACGUCACUUCCUUUACCUCCCUGGAGGAGGUCUGGCCACAAACUCUUGUGGCGCUGAAUGGGGACUCCGAUCCAGUUGACAUCAUUUCGUUGACUAAGGGCUGGUUGAGUCGUGUGUGUGAGCUUCUGGGAGGUGAGCCUGGGAAGAUCCGCGAGGGCGAGUUGGCAGCCUUCUUGUCCUACGCCAUCGCCUACCCUCAGAACUUCCUGCCUGUGAUUGACAGCUACAGUGUUGGCUGUAGUGGCCUGUUGAACUUCUGCGCGGUGGCCCUGGCCCUGUGUGAAGUGGGCUACAGGCCCGUAGGCGUCCGCCUGGACAGCGGGGACCUCUGCAGGCAGUCGCUUGACGUCCGUCGCGUCUUCAGACUCUGCAGCGAGCACUUCUCCGUCUCUGCCUUCGACUCGCUGAUCAUCGUUGGGACCAAUAACAUCACAGAGCAAAGCAUGGCGGAGCUCAACAAGAAGGAGAAUGAGAUCGACGUGGUCGGGGUCGGAACACAUCUGGUCACCUGCACGCGGCAACCCUCGCUGGGCUGUGUGUAUAAGCUAGUGGAGGUGAGGGGAAAGCCCAGGAUGAAGAUCAGCGAGGACCCAGAGAAAAGCACUGUCCCCGGGAGGAAAUCCGUCUACAGGCUAAUAGACGCCGAGGGCCAUCCUUUUCUGGACCUGGUGAGUCUCGCUGUGGAGUCUCCUCCAGAGGCGGGAGUGUCUCUGAGCUGUUACCCUCUGAUGUGUGAUAACUCCUGUGUCUCAGUCAUUCCAGCUCAGGUCACCUGUCUGCGCCAGGAGGUGUUCACCAAAGGACAGGUCACACACCCUCUGAGCAGCGCUGCAGAAACUAGAGUAAAGGUCCAGAGUUCCCUCCAGACUCUGCACCCCCGACACAAAAGGCUGCAGGAGCCCGACUCUUACACGGUGGCGCUGUCGGAGCAACUCCAUCACCUGGUCACAGAGAUCCAAAAAGGAAGCUCCAGCAACAGCAACUUCCUUUUAGCCAACUAAAUAUAAUCCUAGACAACUGCUCUGUUGUCAUCGCCUGUGUGUUUUUUUUUUAAUCUUUUUAUUGACCGUCAUUUCCAAAGUGCCUCCUGGUGAGAGAAGUGCAAAUACGUUUGUAGAGCAUUCUCCCAAGGAACCCUAACAUACUCUCCAAAUAUAGGAAUGCACUAAUGUGCUGUGGCCUGUGUCAUUCAGCUAAUGUCUGUACAACAGGGUUAAGAUGAGCACAGCUUGACCAGAGUGGACAGAUGGAAGCAACACAGCAUCUGGACUUAAUGGACUUUUUUUUCUGCUGGAAACUGUGGUUUGAUGUCUUUAACUGAAAACUGCAAAGCAAUCUAAUGAUGGAUAAUAAAAAAAGGUAGUGAGUA